UUUGUAACCGCUUGUUGAGUUCUUCCCUCACUAGUUCUCUGUCAGUUGUUUUACCCCGCAAGUACCAAGAUGAGUACAAUGAGAUACUCUUCUAUGUCCUCUUACGGUGGUCCUAUGUACAGCCACACUGUGCGGAGGUCUGGAGCCCCGCAGUUCAGUGCGAGCAGUGUUAGUGGUGUCGGCUCACGCUUAUCGGUGAGUCGCAUUUCCUCCGCCUAUAACCGGCCUAGCGGCUUCGGCGGUGCUAGCGGCAUGGUCAGCUCUAACAUAGGGGGAAUUUCCAACCAAAAGGAAACAAUGCAAGACCUGAAUGACCGGCUAGCCAACUACCUGGAAAAAGUGCGCAACUUAGAAAGUGCCAACGCCAAGCUGGAGCUCCAGAUCAAGGAGCACAUGGACAGCAGAGAAGCCAGCACCCAUGACCUGAGUGUUUACGAGAAACCGCUGAACGAUCUUCGCCAGCAGGUCUUUGAUAUGACGGUGGAAAAUGCUCGUUUGUUACUGCAGAUCGACAACGCUCGGCUGGCCGCGGACGACUUCAGAGUGAAGUGGGAGUCAGAGCUUAGUAUCAGACAAUCCGUGGAGAGCGACAUCAACGGAUUGCGCAAAGUCAUCGACGACACCAACAUUGGGCGCCUGCAGCUGGAGACCGAGAUCGAAGCUCUGAAGGAGGAGCUCGUUUAUAUCAGAAAGAACCACGAGGAGGAAGUCAAAGCCCUCCACUCCCAGAUCAGUGUCUCCAGUGUGCAGGUUGAAGUGGACUCUCCUCGGGGCCAGGAUUUGACUAAGAUUAUUGCAGAGAUCAGGGAUCAAUACGAGAAAGUUGCUCAAAAGAACAAAGAGGAUGCAGAAAAUUGGUUCAAGAACCAGAUAGAGACCUAUACAGUUGAAGUCCAACAAAAUAAUGAUGCUCUUGAUGGUGCAAAGGGCCAAGUGUCUGAUCUACGGCGCCAGAUACAGUCUCUGGAUGUGGAACUGCAGAGUCUUCUGAGCAUGAAAAAUUCCCUGGAAGGCACUCUUAGAGAUACGGAACACAGGUAUGAGAUGGAGCUGCAGCAAUUAAAUGGCCAGAUUGCCUUGAAGGAGUCUGAUUUAAUGCAACUCCAUGAAGAAAUGCAGGCCAAUGCCAAUGAGUAUAAAAAACUCCUGAACAUCAAGAUGAAGCUGGAGGCUGAAAUAGCAACAUACAGACGUCUGCUGGAUGGAGAGGAAGUUGGUGGGCUUGUUGAAUCAACAAAAGGUGCUGCAUCCCAAACUAUCAAGAAGACUGUAGUCACCACUCAGAAGAUGGUUGAUGGCAAGUUGGUGUCAGAGAAUGAGGUCCACAUCAAGUGAUGACAUGAAGUCUCAUCCACCUUCCAUUGCCAUGACACAUCAGUUUAACCCCAUGUAAUCGAUUGCUUUAUUGAUGACUUGGCUAAAUAAAGAUAUGGUUUGACUUGCAA